AGUUCUCACUGACUUACAGUGGGAGCUCGUGGAUCUGGAGUCGUUUUAGGAAGUUGUGUGUUUUUGAGCUGUUUGUUGAAUCAGAUUGAUGACUGGUUUGUGUUCUGCUGUGUGUUGCAGUGGUUCAGACUCAGGAUGACUGGAGUGUAACUUAUAGACCUAUGAGCAUCUGUGCACCAGAAGGAUCCACAGUGGAAAUGCCCUGCAGAUACACAUACCCAGCCACAUGGAAUUCUGUUUCUAUCAGUGUUGAACGAAGAUACUGGUUUGUGAAAAAGAAUAAAAAUAACCAACCUGUGGAUCUGCGUUCAGACCCUGAGUACUCAGGUCGGGUGAAGUAUCUCUUUGAUCAGAACGUCUGCACUCUGCAGAUCAAGAACCUGAGAAAGACCGACUCAGCUGAAUACAAGUUCAGAUUCAUAACAAACCAUGAACGUGGAAGAUAUACAGGUUCUCAUGCAGUCACUUUGACUGUCACAGAUCUUCAGGUCAAAGUCGUCUCAUCAACCAGCGACCCGUCUCACACUUGUGUGUCUCUACGAUGUCACAGUGAAUGUGAUCCACCUUAUUCUUCCUUCGUCUGGUUCAAUAACAAACAGAAAAUUCACACUGGAAUUGAUUAUAAAGAACGGAUUAAUCCUGGAGAUGAAAUCUGGUGCACUUUGGAAGGAUUUGAGGAUUACCGCUCUGCUUCAGUGUAUGCUCCAAAGAGUUCCUCAGUGUCUGUGAGUCCACCUGGUGACAUCACAGAGGGACGUUCAGUGAAUCUGACCUGUGUCAGUGACGCAAACCCAGCAGCUACUUACACCUGGUACAAGAAGAACGAAAAUGUUCUAAAAGCAUCAGGACCCGUCUGGACCAUCACUGAGAUCAGACCUGAACACAGUGGGGAUUAUUACUGUGAAGCCCAAAACAUCUUUGGAAGCCAAACCUCCACCGUGAGUCUGAACAUUAAAUCAGAUUCAGCAGCCAUCAUUAAAAUCGCUGCCAUUCCAGUCAUCACCGUGUUCCUGGUUGCUGUACUCCUGUUUGCCGUCUUUUGCAUUUGGAGAAAGAGAAGGUCCAAACAACAAUCAGACGGUGGACAGAAAACAGACAAUGAAUCCCAGCUCGUUGAGGAUCCAGACUACGAGAACACGUCAGCUGCUGCACAGAGGUCACCAGCAGAGCAGCAGCACGUUUUCUACGCCAGCGUGCGUUUCACCAAAAACAAGGCUGACGCUCUUUACUCCAGCGCCACAGCGGCUCAGCCACGCCCACAACGCCAGGACGAGGAGACCAUGGAGUACAGCACCAUCAACAUCAGCAGAGGAAAACAUCAAGAAGCUGUGGAGGAUUCUGAUCUGCUGUACAGCACGGUCACCAAAACACACAAAAAAUGAACAAGACUGACGUCUGUGUG